UAUUUAUGGCUCUAAGAAGCAUACUUCCUACACAUCUAUAUCUCCCAUAGCACACUUACACCAAAGAAACAAUGGGUAGAGAAGGAGAACUCACCCAAGUUACUAUUCUCUUCUUCUUUCUUUUGUUAUCAGUCUCUUCUUUAAAGGUUUCUUUUGCUUCUACAGCUGAUACUGUACGCAAGCAAAAUUACUCGUCAAUCGAGCUUAAUCCCUUUUCUCCGAGAGCAUCUCUGAUUCGUUAUUGGAAUAAACACAUCUCUAACAACCUCCCUAAACCACCAUUUCUCCUUUCCAAAGCUUCUCCACUCAGUGCUGUAGACUCUGCUUUUCUCUCCAAACUCGCCGCCCAGAACUUGCUUUCUUCACAUCUCGACUACUUUUGUUCCUUGGCUAAUUUGUUCUGCUCCUUUGACUCAAAAUCAAGUUUAGGCAGGCGUGAUGAAGAUGCCAACUUUGCACAUUAUUCCAACAAGCGUUUUUCAAACUAUGGCAGGUCGAAACUCGGAGGAGUCGACUCAUUCACGAACUACUCUAAUGGAUUGAACUCUGCUGCUGACUCAUUUCUUCGGUACAGCCGUGAAGGUACGGGCCAUAGUGAAACAUUCACAAACUAUGCUACCGAUGGAAAUGUGGCCAAUGCAACCUUUGGCAACUACGGCGCUGGUGCCACCGGCGGAUCCGGUGUUUUCAAGAACUAUAACGACCGAGUCAAUGUGCCUGGCCUCCGAUUCACAACUUAUGACUCGGAUGGCAAUAACCAUAAGCUCUCAUUUACAACUUACGGCGAUGAUACAAACUCUGGUUCUCAAGCAUUUACUAGUUAUGGCAAGAAAGGAAAUGGUGUCCCAGCUGAGUUCACAACUUAUAGUGGAGAUUCAAACAUUAUUGAUUCUACAUUCACUGGUUAUGGUGAAUUAGGCAAUGCGGCCAAUGAUUCCUUCACAGGUUAUGGCCUUUCUGGUAACAACCCACAUAACAAUUUCAAGAGUUAUGCUACUGGUGCAAACUCUGCCAUUGAUAGCUUCUCCAGCUACAGGAAUGGAGCCAAUGUUGGUCAUGAUUCAUUUCAAUCUUACGCCAGAAAUACAAAUGCAGGGAAAGUCAGUUUCACUAAUUAUGGGAAAACAUUCAAUCCUGGCAACGACACAUUUACAGAAUAUGGCAAAGGAUCCAAGGGUUUGACCACCAUUGGCUUCAAAACUUAUGGUCCUGACAGAUCGUUCAAGGAUUAUAUCGAAAAGGGCGUUUCUUUCACUGGUUAUACCAACACAAGUAGUAGCAGUAGUGGCAAUUUUGUAAGUCGCAGAUGGGUGGAGCCUGGCAAGUUUUUCAGGGAAUCAAUGUUGAAGCAAGGAAAUGUGAUGGCAAUGCCGGACAUUAGAGACAAAAUGCCCCCAAGAUCAUUUUUACCCAGACCAAUUCUGUCAAAAUUGCCAUUCUCAUCCCAUCAGCUCUCAGAGCUGAAGGAAAUUUUCCAUGCGCCAGAGAACUCAACAAUGGAGAGUGUGCUUGUGAACGCACUGGCUGAGUGCGAGAGAGCACCGAGCCGGGGCGAGACCAAGCGGUGUGUUGGGUCAAUGGAGGACAUGGUAGACUUCGCUGUCUCGGUCUUGGGGCGCAACGUGGUGGUAAGGACCACAGAAAAUGUUAAUGGGUCAAAGAAAAAUGUGAUGAUGGGAUGGAUCAAAGGGAUCAACGGUGGGGAAGUGACGAAAUCAGUGUCUUGUCACCAAAGCCUUUACCCGUACUUGCUGUAUUAUUGCCAUUCAGUGCCCAAAGUGAGGGUUUAUGAGGCAGAAAUUUUGGAUGCUGAGAGCAAAACCAAAAUCAAUGUUGGAGUUGCAAUUUGUCAUCUUGAUACUUCAGCAUGGAGUCCAGAACACGGUGCAUUUGUGGCACUAGGUUCAAGCCCUGGGCAAAUUGAGGUCUGCCAUUGGAUCUUUGAAAAUGACAUGACUUGGACCAUUGCUGAUUGAGGAGUCGUUGCCUGGGUUUCAUUUGUGAAUUUUUAUUUUUGAGCUUUGUCCUCCUUUUUUUCUUUUCUUUCAAUUUGAAUUGUUUUAAUUAAUUUUGUAUUUCCAAUUUAUCUUUCACUUUCUCUAG